UUAGUUUCAUUCAUGAACGUCGCGGCCACGACGCGAGGGCCCCAGCAUCAUACCACUCACCUCCCGUUUUUUAUUUCUUUCUUUACAAUUUAUUUUCCUUAAACAAUUCCCAAAGUGCAUGUGUCAGUGAAAAUAAAUAUAAAACGUAAACAAAAGAGAAUAAUAAAAACAGUGCAGUGUCGACUCUUCAAUGAAUUCAAGUGUUUCUAGUUAUUAAAAAUAUCUCUCACGUGAUACAAUCAUUUUCCUCGUUGAUCGUUGGUGUUUAGAAUAAAUAAAAUAAGAGACUGUUGGGAAUUAUCUUGUUGAUUACGAGUGAUACAACGUACGUUGGAUCAUUUCUCAGGGGAGAAGCACAGAGAGGAGCAGUGGAAAGAUAAAAAAAAUGGACAUCGAGUCCUCCCUGUAUGACUACGAGGAGGAGGACCAGGAUUUCUACGAAGAAAACGUGGCCAGGAAAGGCUACCCCAUUGACCAUCGUGCACUUAAGCGAGAUGCACGUGGAUCAAGUGGCAUAUUGGGAUGUGGAAGUCUUGGUGGCGGUGGAGUAAUGAUGAUGAUGGCAAAAUACAUGAAGCAGGAAUUGACCUCUGACGCAGAAGAGGAGGGCCUGGUGCCCACUCUUCCCGGUAGAUUCACGUCAAUGAGAAAGGUCCCAUCUCUCUCGGACCUCUCUGAUCCAGACAGCUCCUUAGAUAUCCCGGCGCAAGUGCCACCAUUAACGCCGGGUACAAACAAAAAAAUGACCGAGGCCCUGAAGGCCUCAUUCGCAUCCUGGGAGAAGGAACAAGUUCGCCUCAAUAUAACCAAAGAUCCGAGGCAGUGGUCAGAGACAGCAGUGGCUCACUGGCUCCACUGGGCAAUAAGGGAAUUCUCGCUGGAGGGUGUGGCGAUGCAGCCCUGGCAACAACUGACUGGUAAACAGAUCUGUGCUAUGGGAAAAGAGUCCUUCCUGGCACGUGCGCCAGCCUUCAUGGGUGACAUCCUAUGGGAGCACUUAGAGCUGCUCCAAAAAGAAGAUGAAGUAGAGAAGGCAUCUCUCGAGAAUAUGCCGGCGAAUCUCUACGAGAGCGUGUGUGUCCCCGACCUGGAGAACUUCCUGGGCUAUCAGGGAGCCAACAAUUCAGUGACGACACCGGAGCACAAAAGCCCAGCAACCCCAGCGAGCUCGACUACCUCAGCCUCAUCAGGGCCCCGAAACCCACCGCAGCCGCAGCCGCAGCCACCGUCAGCCCUCCAGCAAACUCUCACGAGUGUUCCAGCCCUACCUCCGAGGACCUUCGACGGUGGUUACAAUCAUCUACGCAGUCCAGUGUGCCAGGAUGAUAGCCAGAGAGAUGAAACCUCACCACCACCGCACAAUCACAAUUCUCAACAACAAAAUUCCCACUCAACAACUCCAACUGGCAAUCACAAUAAUAAUAAUAACAAUAAUAACAACAAUAAUAACGCGAAUAAUGCAUAUAUACAUUUACGGAAUUUGAAUCAGCUCAAAGCGGAAGCAAACUACGGUAGUCACCAUAUAUCCGAACACCUGCAGAGCAGUGGUGGUGGUAUGCCAGGUGGUGGUAGUGGCAAUGAUCUCGGUGCAACUAGUAAUAACGAGAGUGAUUUACGGGUCAACAGUGCACCAACAGACAGUUACAUGACACCAGCCCAUUACUCAGGUUACGACGAGUCAUCGGAGUACCACAAUCUCCAACAGGAGCACCAAACACCCCAUCCAUACAACUUGGAUGGCUCUCCCGAGUUCUACGGGACCAGUGGAAUUCACCUGGAGCCAAAGUACCAGCCUCCGCCCUUCAAAAAUUACCCGAGAGGUCGUUAUCACGAGGGCUAUAGUGAGGGUGGUUACGGACAAUAUGAUCAAACACCUUUCCAAACGGUUCCUGGCAGUGGCAAUCCAACUGGUGGCUCUAAUGCUGGGGUGGGGGGUGAACAGUGGGGCGUCGGACCCCUUGGGGAACAUUUAUCUCAUCAUCCUGCAUUUUUGGCGGGCUUGGCACCACGUGACUCCACGAAUCCUCAUCAUCCAGCUUCGAUUGCUAAUAAUCCUGACCAGAAACCAUUGCUGCAGAGCGCUAUGCUAGCUGGAUAUACUGGUGGUGGUCCAUGUUUUACUGGAUCUGGUCCAAUUCAACUGUGGCAAUUUCUCCUAGAAUUACUCACUGACAAAUCGUGUCAGGGUUUCAUAUCAUGGACUGGCGAUGGCUGGGAAUUCAAAUUAACAGAUCCAGACGAAGUUGCACGUCGCUGGGGUAUACGUAAAAAUAAACCCAAAAUGAAUUACGAAAAAUUGAGCCGUGGGCUACGUUAUUACUACGACAAAAAUAUUAUCCACAAAACAGCCGGAAAGAGAUACGUCUAUCGCUUCGUUUGUGAUUUGCAGAGUCUUCUUGGAUACAGCCCGGAAGAGCUACACGCAAUGGUGGACUUGAAACCUGAGAAGAAGGAAGAAGACUGAGACUGUAUUUUUUUAAAUAUCACCAGGAACGUGCAUAUCGGGACACAAGUGUUGUCAUAAUAACGAAUUUUGCCCCGAAAAUUCGUUCAAUUUUUAUCUCAAUUUAUUAGUUUUUUUCUCUUUUUUUUUUAAUAAAUGAAAAGAAAAACACUCAAGGCGAACGUAAGACGUUCAACUGAUAACGUGAAAAUCCGAAAGAACAAAAUGAUAGUAACACUCAGUUUAAUUGUAGACACAAAUUUUUCUAGUGUCCACUUUGUUGAAUUAAUUUCUUUUUUAUUAAUGGAAAAAAAUCUAAUCGGUCGUAUGUACCAAAGACAGGGUCCGCAUACCAUUGGUGCCUAAAAAAAUGAAGAAUAAAUAAUGAAAGAGAAAAAAAGUGAAAGUAAAGAAGUUCUUUUUUAAUACGUUGAACUAUGAAAUUGCGAUGAAGUUUAAGUAAUUUCUAAAAACCGUAAUGAGAAUUAUUACGAACUUGUUCAUCUAUAAAAGUGAUUUUUUGAUUUGCCACAAAAAAAAACCAAGAUUUUUAGAUAAAUAUUUAUAGGAAAAUAGAAAAAGCGUAAAAAAUUAAAAAAGUAAAAAAAACGACUCGACAAUUUAUACAUAUUAUAUAUAUUAUACAUAUAUAUUUUUAAUGUUACGUGAUUUUUAAGCACUCCCAGUGCAUCGUAAAUUUUCAUCUUAAGAUCAAAGAAAAAAACAAACCAUGAACGAAUGAGAAAUAAUUGAUUAGAACGAUGCGAUCUAAAUUAUUUAUGUCCCAUCAAUUUUUAACAUGUGUGUUAAACAUCUCGUUGAUAGUUGAACACGGUAUGUGAUUGUUAUUACUCUAAUUUUACUACAAUAAAAAAAUUCAUUAUACCUUACAAUUAAAGAGAAAGAAGAAAAUAAUAAGAAAGUCAUUUGUACAAAUAA